AUGGGUCGCCGCCCUGCUCGGUGCUACCGUCAGAUCAAGAACAAGCCCUAUCCCAAGUCGCGAUACUGCCGUGGUGUUCCCGAUGCGAAGAUUCGCAUUUAUGACGUGGGCAUGAAGAAGAGGGGCGUCGACGAGUUCCCCUACUGUGUGCACCUCGUUAGUUGGGAGAAGGAGAACGUGUCGAGCGAGGCGCUGGAGGCGGCGCGCAUUGCGUGCAACAAGUACAUGACCAAGUACGCGGGCAAGGACGCCUUCCACCUGCGCAUCCGCGUGCACCCCUUCCACGUCCUCCGCAUCAACAAGAUGCUUUCCUGCGCUGGGGCUGAUAGGCUCCAGACGGGGAUGCGCGGCGCGUUCGGAAAGCCCCAGGGUGUGUGCGCGCGCGUGGCGAUCGGGCAGGUGCUGCUGUCGGUGCGCUGCAAGGAGGCCAACGCCGCCGUCGCCGCGGAGGCGCUGCGCCGCGCUAAGUUCAAGUUCCCCGGGCGCCAGAAGGUCAUCGCCAGCCGCAAGUGGGGCUUCACGAAGAUUGCUCGCGCCGACUUCGUGAAGUGGAAGCAGGAGAACAGGCUCGUGCACGAUGGUGUCAACGCCAAGCUGCUGGGCAACCACGGUCCUCUUGCCAACCGGAAGCCGGGUCAGGCCUUCCUCACCCCUCCGGAGAAGCACGACGCGUAG